AGCAGAGCUUGGACACAGGAAGGUCAGCUGUAGGAUCAAGGCUGCAUUUAUAUAAGGACAGAGGAAUAUGCACUGGAAAUCCUCGCUUAGAAAGGGAAAAAAACCAGGAUUUUGAAAGGCACGCUAUGAUGAUCCUAAUUUUUAUCCUCACACUGGCCGUUUCCUCGGGUUCAGGGUUUGAAGUGUAUGACUACGAAGCCCCUGUCACAGAAGAGGCUCUCAAUGCUUCCAUCACAAGGAUCAAUUCUCAGUCGUGGGGGAGAAACCUGUAUGGUGUCGUUAGGAGCCACGUCACAAGAGUUGACAUGUGGGACAGCGAUGCUUAUAGACUGGAGCUGCACUUCAGCAUUCGGGAGACCGUGUGCACCAAAGCUUCGGGGAGAGACCCGUCCACGUGUGACUUCAAAAUAGGGCCUUUCGUGCCAACUGCUUUCUGCAGAAGUGUGGUGGAAGUCUCGGGUGAGCUGAUCUCGGACGUUAUCGUGCAGUGCCACCGUGGUACAUCCAGCUCCGAAUCGAUGAGCAGCGAGGAGAUAAUGCGUAUGCCGAUCAUGAACCCCAACAGGAGAGGCAGCAGUCGCAGAGAAGAUGUAUUUUCUCCUGAAACCUUCCGUUCAAGGCGAAGAGGCAGCAGCGGUGGAGACUGGCGUAAACCCAGUUAUUUCAGCUCUGACAGGAUUGAAUAAUAUGGAUUGGGAGAAGAAAUCAAGAUUCGAAGAUCCAGAACCGUGAAGAAAGGACCUGAUGCCAUCUCCUUUUUUGUGGAAAACUACUCUGUAACGAAGUGACAGUCUUUCCCUAAAAUUGCUUUCUGCUGUGAUGUCAAGUGACCAUUGGAUGAGCUCAUGAUGAUGCUAACUGCCUGCUCUUCUCAGUCGAUAGCUGCCUUGGGAUGUGUUAGAGCUUACUGGGAGGACUUGUCCCAGACACCUAGAGUAACUGUGUCCAGUAGGUGUUGUGCCACCCUCCUAACGAUGCUAUUAAAGGAUGGUUAUCCCAUCUGUU